CCCAGUACUCCACGCGGCCGUACUUCACACGCGCCCGCGCUCAUACACCCAACCCACUCAUCUAGCACAUUCGCAACAGACAAUCGACCUCGGCCUUAGAGCCCACUCAAGCGUCCCUUGCUCUGGCAUCCAACCCUCGCACAUUUGCCCAAUCUUUUGAACUUCAUCUGAGCUUUUACUUUGUCCACCAUGAAGCCCACGGCGGCUCCUUUCACACCAGGCAUGAACGCAUCGUUUGCGGACGGCCAAGCCUCUGGUGCGACCAACGAAGCGAGCAGUCCGCCCGCCUACGCUAGCAGCAACAGCACUAAUACCAACCGCCUGAGCGGCACCGGCCUGCCCGCCAAACCCGUCGCUGCCGCACAGGCCGCCGCCGCGCACAAGGCGGCGGGGGAUCAGCAGCAACAGCUGCGUGCUUCCAGCCCCAGCAGCGCCACGUCCGUUGAAGAGGGAAAUGGCGGUGCGAGCGUCAGCAGCGCGCGCGAGAGCGCAGUCAAUAUGCUUCGGCAACGCCAGGGCCAAGCGGCCUUCCGCGCGGCCAGCAGCGCGGCGCACGUGCGCGAACAGCAGGAGCAGCUCAAACAGCAGCUCGCGCUGCAGCAGCAGCUGCAGCAGUUUGAGUUGAUGCGUCUGCAGGCACUGCAGGCGCAGCAGAUGCAUCUACAGGGUCAUCAGCAGCAGCAGCAGGACGAGUAUGAGCUCGCAUCUGCCCAAGUGGCCGCUGCGCUCGAGCAGCAGCAGCAGCAGAUGCUCGCGCUUCAACUCCAGCUGCAGCAUGCCCAGUUGGUUCAGCAGGAGCAACAGCAACAACAGUACGCCAGCGCCAGCGAGCAGCGCAGCGCCGCUCAAGCCACGCUGCAGGCCAACAUGCGCAACCGUCAACUGGCUGCGCAGCACCAGCAGCAGGCGCUGCAGGAGCAGUUGAUGCUGCAGCAACAACAGCAGCAGCUCUUGCUCCUUCACGCUCUGCAGCAGCAGCAACAGCAACAGCAACAGGCGCUGGCUGAACAGCAGCAGCAGCGCCAACGCUCCUCAUGGAACGUCGACGGUACCAGCCGCUCCUUGACGCGUUCCGAUCUGCGCCACUUGUCGGGCAGCGGCUUGCCCAUCAACCCUGCCGCUGCCGCUGCUGGCAAGCGUGAGCGCACCGUCUCCACGGCCGACAGCGCCAUCUCGUGGCGCUCGUCUUCCAUCUCGCGCAACAGCGGCGCGACCAGCAACAGCAAGCCAACGCCAUCUACUGCCGCCGGCGCCACUCGGCGCAGCGCCAGCAUAAGCAGCGCCAGCUCGACUCCGACGCCAAGCAUCGUCGUUGACGAUAGCGAGACGAGCAGCAAUGCCGCGAGCAGCGCCGUCCUGUCUGAUGACGGUGACGACAAUGAAGAUGUUGCUUGCCAGCAGGAGGGCGACGCAGACGAGGUGACGCCCGCGUCGAGCGCUGCGUCUUCCUCUGAAGGCGCCGCAGACGGCGCCGGCGGCGAUGCUGAAGCCUACGAGGAAUGCGUUAGCACGCCCGUGACCAAGAAACCCUCCGCUUCCGGAAGCUCCAGUGGCGGAGCGAACCACAAGUACGCGAGCGCAGGCAUCAGCCCGCGCCUACCGCCCAUCCAGCUCGUGGCUGCGCCGCGCUCGCGCACGUUCACGUCCGAAGCCAAGCUGCUUGUUCCCUCCGCCGCCUCGUCGCUGUCUGCGCCCUCGCACGCGCAGCAGAUGCAAAUGCAGCAGCCGGUGCGCCAGCCACGGGGGCCGCCGAGCGACGUGGCGCCGCUCAACUUUUCCGCGCGCGCCAAUGCGCGAGUCCGCCGCGAGGCGAUGGGCAGGCUGCUCAGCCGCAGCCUUGCGGCCACGUCUGCCGGUGCGGCGAUGAGCGGACGCAUGGUUAGCAGCCCAGUCGCGUAAACUGUUACGCUUUUUUCAUUGCCGUUGCUUGCUUUUUUCCUUUUCGUUCGUAUUCCCAGGCGCCCGCUGUCUGUUACCAUCAAUAGGCGAGCGCGCCUUUCAUUUCGAUCUCCUGCCGCCUGCCGUCUGCCACUCGUCUUUGUAGAUGUGCAUCUUCCUGCCGACCAGAUUUGCCUGGCUGGCAGGCAGACGAAGACAGAGUCAAAUCGGUUCCCCGUCCAUCCGCACACAUACUUGCGCGUCAUCGCUGGCAUUCUUUUGUAGUUGUACAAUAUACCGAA